AUGAGCGGACAGUUCAAAGCUUUUGUGUCUGAGGAACAGGUGCAAGAAGAGCGGCAGAAGAGGCAAGAAGAAUGGGAUAGAGUAAGAAAACCAGAUGACCCGAUAGAAUGCCCAGAAGCAGAGACCAGAUCUCUGUUUGAACAGCUGCAGGCUAACAAGGAGUAUCAAGAAAGAGAGCUCGAGGAAGAAACCAAACUCCGGAGCAGUGUAAAAGGUCUUGAUGAGGACGAAGUCAAGUUCCUUGAUUUUGUGUCUCAGCGACAGAUACAGAUUGAGAAGGAUCGUAACAGGGAGGAAAAAGCAAUGCUGGAAGAGUUGAAAAUAUCCUUGUUUAGACAGUCAAUUAUUAUCACAACUUUUUUUUUGCUGAAAGUGCAGGACAAAGCCAAGGAGAAGUUAACGUCUGCAGAUGGAGCAGCAGCACUACCAGCCCAGGCUGGAUCUGCCACAACCAGGAGUUCACAGAAACAGUUACUGUCAGGGGCCAUCAAGAGAAGGAGCUCUGAUAAUAAAUGCGAGACUGAAGAGAAGUACGAACCUCCAGAUGCCAAACUGAUGGCUGGGAUCCCCAGAAACACACGGACCCCAAUGGUGGUAGCAGGGAUACUUCCAGGCAUUGCUGACUAUGCAGACAGUGACAGCAGCACAGAAAAUGAAAGCAAUUCUAGUGACUCCGAAGAGGACCACAUGAUCAUGCCAAGUGUCUGCACACAAAGGCUGAUUCAGGACAUGAUGAAGAAGUUGAAGGAAGAAGGAUGUGGAUAG